UACUUACAGAUUGCUCCUGGGAUUCUACAUAACAAGCUUCAACCUCAUUUGAAGAUGUUUUGGGAAGAAUGGGAACAUUUUGUGGCAUAUUUUGAAAUAUUUCGCAACAACCUACUUGUUGAACUGGGAAUAAAAAAAAUCUCCUUGGGGAAACUUUACCAAGGUGCAAUUGGCAAAAAGGCACUCUUAGAUAUAGAAGUUAACCUUGAAAAGGUAGAAAUAUGUGAAAUAGGCAGACAUUUCCCUAAAAAUCCACCAAAUAAAUGUUCAGAUAACAGUCUAGUUGAUUGGGAGUCUGGAGUUGUCAUUAUUAAUGGAAAAAAUGCACCAUUUGCAGAUGUUUUUAUGACUUUUUUUGGGAUUAUGAAUAAUCUCAAUCUUAACUCUGCAACAAGAUCAAGGAUUUCCACUUUAAUACCUGAAAUUAGGAACAAUAUGGCAGAAACUAUUUGUAAAAAAAGACCAUACUAUGACGUUGAUGAUCUUAUUGAAAAAAACCAUAAGUAUGGCAGAGAAUUCAAAAAACUUUGA